AUGCUUUACAAAAACAAAGCCGACCCCAACGAAAGGGUUUUCAUCGUCUGCGCAAACUGCCACAAUCACUGCAAAAGAACAAAGUCGCUGGAAAAACUUCGUCAGAGCAGAAGGGACAGUGCCAGAGGCGAUAAGGAUCGAACAUUCCAGGAGUGGCGAAACAGCAAGGCGGCGCUACACAACAGCCUGGAGAUCGUUCUUUACCUGAGGAGAACACACUCUAUUGACUACACUGUCCAAGGAGUUCUGAACACUUUGGUGGAUUUCCAAGAGCAGGUGCCAGAGGCAGAGUCUUUUGUCAACAAUUGGGAUUUGCUCGAGAUGAUGGAAGCAGUGGGAGUUUUCGAACAUGCUGGAAUUACACUCACUGCUCUGGCGGAUAAUGCUUCCUAG